AGCAUGUCUGGACUGCAGGAGGCCGGCAACUGUGCGAGUGAUUCCAAUCUGAGGUUUUUAUUCAUAAAAAAUACGGAGGUGUUCGUGGGAUCAAAAGACGACGACGUCUAGGAUAUCUUUACGUAACCUUCAUUCUUAUCAAUACAGUGAAAUAUUUCUUCUUCCGUGGUGAAAAAAAUAUCAAUAUUUUGUUGAAUUUUUCAAGUUGUGCGAAAAUUGAUAACUGUGAGAUGGGUAAUUCAACUGCCUAAUAAGUACUUCGUCUAAAUGUCGUUUGUCCAAGUUCUUGAAUUAUACUAGGUCAUCAAUAUGCAAAAAACAAAACAACUCGUCUGAAUGCUAGGGUCAAGGUUAUGAGAUUGCCAGAUUUCAACCUGAUAGUGUGAGUGAUUGAUAAAGAUUCGUCUGCAGCCUCAGCAGCGUACGGCAAAUCGGCAGGGACCUUGACUUUCGUUUACACAAGGAAAACGUGUCUAUGGUUUUACCGAGUGUGACUCAAUGCCAUGGCUCCGAAAAUUAAUAAGAAACUUCUUCCUCUGAAGAUACACUACUUUCUCAAAUAUGGAGGAAUGUCCUUCUUCCCCUUCUUGCCAGCGCUGAUCCGGCAAAAGGGGGUUUCCGAAGGAGGCGUAGGCCUAAUAUGGACAGUCAUUCCCCUCACAAGCGCUGCCACCAACAUGCUGGUGGGCACAGUGGCUGACUACUUCAAACUCCACCGGGUAUUCUUCAUGGCGGGCAUGUUUACGCUAACCAUUACUUUCACGUCAGUAUUCUUCAUGCCAAAUGUACCUGAGCCCAGAAAAGACCCCUUGUUGGCAACUCUGUCGCUUCAGUGCCCUCAGGAUAGUGCUAAGUUUGUCGUAUGUCCUCAUUCGAACCCUUAUUGGUAUGAUAUCGUGUCGAAACCUACUACACUGAAUGACUGCGACGCAAAUGAUAACAGUAGUACAACGUUCAUGACGGACCAAAUGAAUAUCAAUUACAACUUGCGGUGUAAAAUGUACGGCGACCCUGAUGGGGACGGUGAGGAAAUGUUGCAUUUCCCCUCUGAGUUUUCAUUGACCCUGGACAAGCAUCAGUCGGAGUAUAACGUCUGCAGUUCGAGGAACUGCACGAUCAUCACUGAAGUGAACGUAACGUCGACCUUCUCGGAACUCUAUAACGUGAGUUGCAGAGAAAGCUACAAAACGACGUGUGAAUAUCGAUGCGAGACUUCGUACGUGGAGACGGCUAAAGUCACAAUCAAUUACCUGCUGUCCUCUGUGCAGUUCUGGGUCAUCUUCAUGAACAUGAUGAUUCUUUACGCAGGCAAUGGCGUCACAACCACGAUGGCAGAUACUGUCUGCUUCUUCCUCUUGGGUAAGAAUCGUCACAAGUAUGGGCACCAACGUCUAUGGGGCAGCUUAGCCUGGGGUAUGAUCGGGAUGACGAGUGGAGCCUUGGUGACCUACUUCUCUCACAAUAAGUCUGAAGUGGAUUAUACCCCGGUUGUGGCCAUUUCGAUCACUUUCCUUGUGGCCAACCUCUUCGUCUCCUUCAUCAUCAAGUUCGACGUACCGAAGAAAGAGAAGCUGAAGGCGAGCAUCGUGGGACAUGCUCUGUGCUCCUUCAAGAUGAUUGUCUUCUUGCUGACCGUUAUGGUGGGAGGAAUUACAAUGGGCACCCAGUGGACUUUCUUCUUCAUAGUUGUGGAGGAUAUAGCAAUUGCUUGGGAUCCUACUUUCAACUUCAUUAAGCUCAUCCAAGGCCUUUUGCUGGGAAUAGAAUGCUUCUUUGGAGAGGUGCCAUUCUUGUUCUUGUCCUCAUUUAUCAUCAAGAAGCUUGGAAAUGUGCGCACUUUCUCCGGAGUAUUGGUAAUAUUAACGAUGAGGUGCUUCCUGUACUCCUGUGUCACCAACCCCUGGUACUUCCUGCCCAUCGAGUUCCUCCACGGACCCUCAUUCGGUCUUUUGUAUCCAAAUAUGAUCACCUAUGCCAACGCCCUGGCACCCAAGGGUGCUCAGGCCACUAUUCAGGGCAUUGUCAAGUCCACCUUCGUUGGAGGUGUGUCUCUAGGAGGCCUGAUCGGGGGCGUUCUCUUAGAGAAGUUCGGGGGCUCCAAAGCCUACAUGUGCCUGGGCCUCUUUGAUCUCUCCUUCACAUUGGUAUUCAUCAUCGCUAAUCUCGCCAGAGACAGGCUAAAGGUCCAUCGCUCCGACAACGCGAGCGACCAGUGUGAAUACGUAGCCCAAGGAAGCAACGACCACGGAUACCCAGCAGAGGACGAAGAGGCUCCUUUGAAUUCUCCGGUAACGUCGUUGACUUCGUCUUUGCCGCCUAACGACAAUAACGGCAACUUGAGUCCCCAGGCUUACGACAAACCCCCGGAAGACGCCAAAGAGAAAUUAGUCGAGUAGCGAUGUACGACUGCAUUCAUUUGAUAAGGUACUCUUUCCCUCCUUUGUUCACUCAUGACAGGAAACGAGGGAGGAAUGUUAGCGGCGAGUAGCGUACGACGCGUUUUCGUCAUUAGUCAGUAUAGCCUCAGUUUACUUACAACAGAAUCAUAGGUACUAACUCUCCCGUGUGGAAUAGGCCUCUUAUUGGACACAUUCGUUAUGAUGUAUGAUCUUGUAUCUUCAGUAUGUAACCUCCGAAUGAUGCAUCUGUCUAUAUCGAGCCUUGCGAGUAGUCUCAGCUGUGCAUGCUUGUAUUUUCCAUAGGGUAUUAUGAGACUAUUUCAAAGGCAUAUUUAUAUGGAAGCUGCAUCAUCCCUGACGAGUCACUAUUGUCGCCAAAAGAUUAUGAUAUCCAACUCGGAUAAAGUGAUAGUUGUUUUAAGUAUUAGAAAAUAACAAUUAUGAUAAUGGAAAGGGAGUCUGUUAUCCCAGAAAUGAUGAAACUGUGAUGUACCCGGUGCUCUUUGUGUAGAAUGUAGGUUCAUAGGGUAUUUCAGUAUCAGUGCAGGCAUUGAUACACAAUGCAUCCGAAUAUGAUCGCCACCCAAAUUCAUCUCAAACUAUUUAACCAGUGUCGUUUUUAAAUACUUAUUUAUUUGGAAAUCGACGGUUUUGUGAACAAAUAUCAGGCUGACACUAUCCCCAAAAUUGUUUCAUGUCUGCAGAAGUACAAACGCGUGUAAAUGCUUUAUUUUUGUCGAUAUUAUGUACGGAGUAAAAAUCACUAUUAGUUUUUAAGGUAAUAAAACUGUAAUUUAUAUAAA